CCCCACAUCACCUCGAUGUCACCCACAGCCUACCUGCAUGUCCUGCGCAGCCCUGUCCUGCCCUGUCCCAUCCCAGCACUGCUCUGCCUCUUGCUCCUGCCCACCCCUUCCCAUUUCCCCGGGCUCCCGGCGCCCAUUGCUUCCUCCCCAUCUCUCUGUACCCCGGCUCCAGCCGUUCCUCGCCCUCCGCGCCGGCCUCUCCCGGACACCGCUCCCGGUCCCGCCGUGCCCCGUGCCCGCCACGCCGUCCCACCGCUCCGGUCCCCCGCCCGGGGCCACUCGGGGGCCGCGCUCUGCCGGCGCGCUCCGGUGGCGGGGCGGGGAUGGGGGCGGCGGGGGGAGCGGGGGGCUGAGGGCGGCGCUGGGUCGGGUUUCAGCAGGAGCCUCCGCGCCGAGCCAGCGCCGACCCGCCGCCUGCCGCCGAGCGCUCCGCGGGGCGACCGCGGCACCGGGGCAGCCGCGGCACCGAGAGGCCGGCUCGCCGGAGCACCGGGGCGGCCGUGGCACGGGAGGGCAUCGGAGCGCGGGGGGAGUCGGAGCGGCCAGCGCUACCGAAGCGACCGCGGCACCGGAGCACCGGGGCACCAGAGCGGCUGCGGGACGCCUUGGCGGGGCCGGAUCCUGCGGGAUGUGAGCGCCGCCAGCGCGGGACGCACGGUGAUUAGAGCGCGCCCUGCGAAGGAGAUCGAGCCACGCUCUGCCCUGCAAGUCCCUGCAAUGGAGCAGAUGAAGGGGUCAGCCGUGCUUCUGCUGGAGCUGCUGAUCCUCGGGGGCCUGAGAGCGGGGAAGGGCUCCGCCGUCCUGGGCACCCUGGAUCUACAGAUAGAUGAGGAGCAGCCAGCUGGCACCAUCAUUGGGGACAUCAGUGCUGGCCUGCCCCCUGGAACGAGUGCCUACAUGUAUUUCAUCUCAGCGCAGGAGGGCAGCGGUGUUACCACUGACCUGGGGAUAGACGAGAACACUGGUAUCAUCAAAACGGCUCGUGUCCUGGACCGAGAGACUCGAGACCACUACAGCUUCAUUGCUGUUACCCCCGAGGGCAUCACAGUAGAAGUGAACAUCCAGGUGAAUGACAUCAAUGACCAUGCUCCAGCCUUCCCCAAACAGCACAGCACCUUCCAGAUCCCGGAGCACACGCCCAUUGGCAGCAGAUUUCCCUUGGACCCAGCCUUUGACGCUGACAGUGGGCUGCUCAACACGCAAGGCUAUGUGAUUAAGGGAGAGAACGUGGGGCAGGCCUUCCGCCUGGAAACGCGUCGGGGACCCAACGGGGUCCUGUAUUUGGACCUAGUGGUCAGCAACGUCUUGGAUCGGGAGAAUCGUUCGUCAUACUCGCUGGUGUUGGAAGCCUAUGAUGGUGGCUCUCCCCCCCGGAGUACCCAGAUGACACUGGAUGUGUCCAUCCAGGACAUCAAUGACAAUGCUCCGAGCUUCAACCAGAGCCGCUAUCAUACUCUCAUCUCGGAGAAUCUGAAACCUGGCAGCAGCAUCCUGCAGGUCUUUGCCUCUGAUGCAGAUGAGGGUGACAACGGGGACGUGACUUACGAGAUCAACCGGCGGCAGAGCGAUCCUGACCAGUACUUCACCAUUGACUCCAGGACUGGAGUCAUCAAGCUCAACAAGGGCCUGGACUACGAAGUAAGGAAGGUGCAUGAGCUGGUGGUGCAGGCGAGGGACAAGGCUGUCCACCCUGAGGUCACCACAGCCUUUGUCACUAUUCACGUGCGUGACUACAAUGACAACCAGCCCACCAUGACUAUCAUCUUCCUGAGCGAAGAUGGCUCCCCCCAGAUCUCUGAGGGAGCCCAGCCUGGCCAGUAUGUGGCACGCAUCUCUGUUUCUGACCCAGACUACGGCGAGUACUCCAAUGUCAAUGUCACGCUGGAGGGAGGGGAUGGCAAGUUCGCCCUCACCACCAAGGACAACAUCAUCUACCUGAUUUGUGUGGACCAGCUUCUCGACCGGGAAGAAAGAGACUCCUACGAUUUGCGAGUGACAGCGACAGACUCGGGAACACCCCCGCUCCGGGCAGAGUCGGCCUUUGUGCUGCAGGUGGUGGAUGUCAACGACAACCCUCCGCUCUUUGACCAGCAGGAGUACAAGCAGAGCAUCCCCGAGGUUGUGUACCCGGGCAGCUUUGUCCUGCAGGUGACAGCUCGUGACAAGGACCAGGGUCCCAACGGGGAGGUGCGGUACAGUAUCGUGCAUGGCCGUGACACCCACUCAAGCUGGUUUGCCAUUGACCCUGCCACGGGUAUCAUCACCACCGCUGCCCCGCUGGAUUAUGAGAAGGAUCCUCAGCCUCAGCUGACCGUGCUGGCCACCGACAGGGGAACCCCCCCGCUCUCUUCUUCUGCCGUGGUGCGGGUGGCCCUGCAGGACGUCAAUGACAACGAGCCGGUGUUCAGGAGUAAUUUCUACAACGUGUCACUGAAGGAGAACACUCCUGUUGGGACCUGCUUCCUACAGGUGACAGCCACAGAUGCAGACAGCGGCACGUUUGGCUCCCUUUCCUACUCCAUUGGCUCUGGCAUCGUCAGCGUUGUCCCCACGCAGUUCAGCGUCGACAAGCACACGGGGCAGCUGUGCACUGUGCAGCCUCUGGACCGCGAUGAGGGCACGUCUGCCUAUGACUUCACCGUCACUGCGGUCGAUGGGGGUGGCCUGAACUCCAUGGUGUAUGUGAAGGUUUUCCUGGAGGACAUAAACGACAACCGCCCGGUGUUUUACCCGCUGGAGUACGCUGCCAGCAUCAGCACACAGAGCAUGCCGGGUACAGCCGUGCUGCGUGUGACUGCCCACGACAAGGACGAGGGCCUGCACGGAAAGGUGACCUACCGCAUCGUCCUGGGAAACUCGCCCCCGCUCUUCUCCCUCAACAAGGACACAGGUGUCAUCUCCCUCUCAUGGUCCCUGAGUGGCAAAGCCAACACCUUGGUGCAGCUGGUGAUCUCUGCACAGGACGGCGGGGGCCUGCAGGCACAGCCAAAUGCCCGGGUGAACAUCAGCAUCGUGGAGGGCACGGUCUCGCCCCCUGUCUUUGAGCAAGCUCAGUACUUCUUCACAGUGCCCGAGGACAUGCUGCAGGGUGCCAGCGUGGGAGCUGUCCGGGCCCAGAACCCUCCAGGUCAUGCUGAUGACAUCUUUUAUUCCAUCUCCUCGGGGGAUCCUCAUGGCUACUUUUCCAUCGACUCUGCCUCCGGGCAGCUCCGCACCAGCCUGCCUCUCGAUCACGAGUCCCAGGCCGUCCUCGUUCUGGAUGUGCAGGCCCGAAGCGGUUCGCCUCCUGCCUAUAGCAACACACGCGUGAAAAUCUCUGUGUCAGACGUGAAUGACAACGCGCCACUGUUCCCAGCCCCCUCUGACUCAAUUCUGCUGCCGGAGGCCACAGAGCCUGGGACUACAGUGUACUCUCUGCAGGCUGAGGACCGCGACAGCGGCGCCAACGGGCAGGUGCAUUUUGAGCUGGUGUCAGGAGGUGACGGCACCUUCAGCGUGGAGCGCUCGUCGGGGGCGGUGCGGCUGGUCGGCGCCCUGCAGUAUGAAGCCAGCUCAGCCUACAGGCUGGCCAUUGUGGCCCGAGACAGUGGCGUUCCCCAGCUCAGCUCCACGUUCACGCUGCUGGUGCAUGUGCAAGCCGAGCACGACAACGGGCCCAUCUUCGACACGCUCACGUACCGCGUGGAGGUGCGGGAAGGGGUGCCUGUCUCCACGCACUUCCUGCAGGUGCGGGCCCUGGCGCGCGAUGCGGAGUCCGCGACCCUCACCUACCACCUGCGUGCGGACGGGGAUGCCGCCAGCUUCGGCAUCAUGCCCGACAGCGGCUGGCUGUACGUGAAAAGCGCGCUGGACCGGGAGACGCGGGACCUGUACGUGCUCACGGUGCUGGCCUCGGCGGGCGGCGGCGCCGCGGGGGCGGAAGCCCGGAAAACGGGUACCAGCACCGUGCGGAUCAGCAUCACCGACGAGAACGACAACAGCCCCCGGCUGAGCGAGGAGCGUUAUUUCUUCACUGUUGCUGAGAAUCAGGCUCCUGGCAGCAGCGUGGGGAGAGUGAUGGCAAGUGACCGGGAUGCUGGGCAGAACAGCCGGCUCACCUACCGCCUGCUCCAGCACGAUCCCAACUUUCUUAUCCACACACAGACAGGGGAGCUCAGCACCAAGCACAGCCUGGACCGGGAGCAGCAGUCCAGCUACCAGCUCUUGGUGAUCGUGCAGGAUGGGGGAGCACCACCCCGCAGUGCCACGGGAACCAUCUAUGUCACUGUGCUGGAUGAGAACGACAACUCUCCUGCUUUCCUUCACGUGGCCAGCGGUCAGGAGCUGCCGGUGCAGGUGCUGGAAGAGAAGCCAUCGGGACUGCUAGUCGCCUCCCUGCAGGCCAAGGACCCCGACGAGGGCGAGAACGGGACCAUCGUCUACUCACUGAUAGGAGCCUGGGCAGAGCGUUUCACGCUGCACGUGGCUACUGGAGAGCUGCGCACUGCCACGGUUCUGCGGCGGGCUGACCGUGCUGAGUACCUCUUCACCGUGACAGCCAGUGACCGGGGCACGGUGCCUCGCAGCACGUCGGCCAUCAUUCGCGUUCAGGUGCUGCCGUCCUCCCGGGUGCUGCCACGGCCCGAUGCCACCGUGCUGACCCUGCAGCCCCUCGAGGGGGUCAAGCCGGGGUCCGUGAUCGGCUCAGUGGCACCCACAGAUGCCCCUGCACGAGGACAGCUGACCUACACGGUGGUAGGAGGUGGUGGGGACGGCACCUUUGUGGUCGACAGUGUGACAGGAGAGAUUUAUGCUGCCCGGGAGUUGGACUAUGAGGCUGGGGCACGGCACGUGCUUCAGGUGAGUGCUGAGGACACACAGCACGGCUAUCCCUCCAGCCGGCUGGUGCUGGUACAGAUCCACGUGCAGGACUGCAACGACCAGGCGCCCACCUUCCCCGAAGACCCCAUCACCAUCGUGGUGCCCGAGAACACCCAGGCGGGCUCGUCCGUCUUCACCUUCCAGGCGCUGGAUGGGGACGGUGUGGGUCCCAACAGCCAGGUGCGCUACGCCCUGCUGCACCAGGAGCCCGCCGGGGCUCCCUUCCAGCUGGACAGCCGCUCGGGGCUGCUGAGCCUCCGCCAGGGCCUGGACCGGGAGGCUGCUGCCUCCUUCCUCUUGGUGGUGGAGGCCACGGACCAGGCGCGCAACGUGAGCCAGCGCCGCUCGGCAGCCGUCACGGCCCGCGUGUUUGUGACGGACGAGAACGACAACGCGCCUGUGUUCCUCUCACCUGCUGCUGUCAGCGUCAUGGAGGAUCAGCCGACGGGCUUCGUGGCACUGCAUGUGGUGGCCCAGGACAACGAUCUGGGAGAGAACGGACGUGUGAGCUACUCAUUGCGAGCAGGCAACAGUGACAGCCGCUUCCACCUCAACCCCAGCACCGGCGCGCUCUCCAUCGUGCGGUCCCUGAACCGCGAGGAGGUGGCACAGCACAACCUGACCGUGGUGGCCACGGAUCACGGCUUCCCGCGCCGCUCCGCCACACAGCUGCUGUCCGUGCUGGUGCUGGAUGUCAACGACGAGGCUCCCGCUUUCGAGAAACCUGAGUAUGAAGCGCACAUCAUGGAGAACUUGCCAGCUGGUAGCCCUGUGCUGCAGGUGCUGGCCGUGGACCGGGACCUGGGUGCCAACGGGCAGGUGUCCUAUGGGGGUUUGUCUGGGGGUCCGUUCUCCAUCGACCCACAGACGGGGCUUAUUGUCACCACACGUGUCCUGGACCGCGAGGAGCAGGAACAGCACGUGCUGAUGGUCUAUGCGCGGGACGGCGGCCUGCCCCCCAGCCUCGCCAGGGCAACUGUGCGGAUAACGGUGGGGGAUGAGAAUGACCACGCACCGCACCUGGAGAGCGAGUCCUGCUCCGUGGAGGUCCCUGAGAACCAAAGCCGCGUGGCACUCUACACCCUGCGGGCCACUGAUCCCGACGGAGGCGAGAACGGGCGCUUGGAGUACCGCGUGGCAGAUGGAGACCCUGCGCAGGAUUUCAGCCUCGACCCAGUCUCCGGUGUCCUCUCCACCGCACGCGCCCUUGACCGGGAGCAAGUUGCUUCCUACAGCCUCACAGUGGUGGUGCAGGACACGGGACCCCCCCCCCGCAGCGCCACCAUGUCAGUGAACGUGCGGGUGUUGGACCUAAAUGACAACGCACCCAGUUUUGCUCAGGCCAGCUAUGUGGUGGAGGUGCCAGAGGACUUGCCUGUUGGUGCCCUGGUGCUGCAGCUGGUGGCCGAGGACCCUGACGAGGGCACCAACGGGCAGGUCUCCUACUACCUCGGCAACGAGUCGCUCGGCAUGUUCCAGGUUGAGCCGCAGAGCGGGCGCAUCAGAAGUGCCCAGGCGCUGGACCGGGAGCGCCACCCCAGUUACAGCUUCCUGGCCAAGGCCGUGGACUCGGCACCAUGGGAGCCCAAGAACGCAGCUGUGCGUGUCACGGUCACGGUGCGAGAUGUCAACGACCAUGCCCCUGCCUUCCUGCACAGCCCACUCACUGUCAACUUGUCCCGCCACACGCCGCUCAAGCAGGUUGUGGCCACCAUGAGGGCAGAGGACAGGGACGCAGGUGCCAAUGCCUCCAUCCUGUAUCGCCUUGCCACCCCCAACUCUGCCUUCGCAAUCAACUCCUACACAGGGGAUAUCCAGCUGCUGCAGCCGCUGGGCUCGCUUGGCCCGCGCCAGCGGACGCUCUUCGUCCUGGCCACUGACCUGGGCCAACCCGCGCUGUCCUCUACCGGGGUGGUGGUGAUCCACCUGCAGGAGGAGCCCUACCGGGGGCUGCGCUUUCCCCGGAGCACCAGCGACGUGGCCCUGCCGGAAAACGCUGCCCCAGGCACUGCUGUGGCGAGCAUCCAGGCGGUGCACACGGGGGGCUCUUCCGGGCGCAUCACGUACAGCAUCGUCAGCGGCAACGAGAAGAACGCUUUCCUCAUCCAGCCCAGCUCAGGUACCAUCUCGGUUCAGGACUCCAGCAGCCUGGAUUUCGAGGCCAGUCCCCGGCUGCGCCUUGUGGUCCAGGCGGAGACAGCAGCUUCUUUCAGCUUUAUGGCCAUCAACCUUAACCUGCAAGACGUGAAUGACAACUUGCCACGCUUCCAGCUGCAGAACUAUGUGGCGUUCAUCUGGGAGUCGCAGAGCUAUGACUCGCCAGUCAUCCAGGUCCUGGCAGAUGACCUGGAUCAGGGAGCAAACGGGCAGGUAACAUACGCCAUCAACCAGUCCCUGCCGAUGACAGGGUUGUUCCACAUCGAUCCUCAGACUGGCACGAUCACGACUGCUGCCAUCCUGGACAGGGAGAUCUGGUCCCAGACCCGUUUGGUGGUAACGGCAAUGGACAGAGGGACGCCGCCUCUCGUGGGCUCGGCCACGCUGACUGUUGUGGUGAUGGAUAUCAAUGACAACAGCCCUACCAUCCCGUUUCCCUGGGAGGUGCGGGUCCCAGAGAACACGCUGCUGGGCACCCAGAUAGCCCAGCUGACCGGGAACGACGUGGACUCGGGCCCCGCGCUCUCCUACACGCUCACGCUGGAUGGCGAUGCCGCGGGCACGUUCAGCGUGCUGCGGUACGGGGGACGCGUUGCCCUGACGGGGCCGCUGGACUACGAACAGCGCAGCCGCUACACCCUCACCCUGCGCGCCUCUGACACCCGCCACGAGACCGAGGCCAACCUCACCAUCGUCGUGGAGGACGUGAACGACAACGCACCGACCUUCAGCCAGGGCUUCUACCAGGUGACGCUGCCGGAGCACACGCCUGCAGGCAGCACCAUUCUCACCGUGAGCGCAACUGACCCAGACUCGGGGAGCAAUGGAGACGUCACCUUCCACCUGGCCGUGCCCAGCCCUGACAUUGCCAUCGACCCCAGCAACGGGACCCUCUUCACCAUCCGGCAGGUGGAAUUCGACGCCAGCCAGCCCACCCUGGACCUGGUGGUGGAAGCGCGCGACCAUGGCUCUCCCAGCCUCUCAUCCUGGGCCACAGUGCAGCUCCAGGUUCUGGAUGUGAAUGACCACAGCCCCAGCUUCCAGGCGCCACGCUACAACGCCAGUGUCCCCGAGGACCUGCAGCCAGGAACCACCGUGCUGACACUAGAGGCAGGUGACGCCGACCUCUCCCGGGAGAACGCUGGCUUCGACUACACCAUCGUCAGUGGCAACGGUGGCAACGCCUUCCAGGUGGAGAGCCGCGUGGCCUGGGCAGGGGGGCACCUCCGCACACAGGGCGCCUUGGUGCUCGUGGAGCCCUUGGACUUUGAGGCCAUCCCAUUCUACAACCUCACCGUGGCAGCCUCGGACCGGGGCCUGCCACAGCGCAGUGCCACAGUGCCCGUGCUCAUCACCGUGCGGGACGUCAACGACAACCCACCCGUGUUCACCCGAGCCGAGUACCGCACGGCGGUGAGCGAGAGCGCGCCCCCCGGCACAGAGCUGCUGCGCGUGGUGGCCCACGACGCCGACUCGGGGCCCCGCGGCCACGUUCGCUACACCAUCAGCUCAGGUGACCAGCACGGUCUCUUCCAGCUUCACGAGAGCACAGGGGCCCUGUGCCUGGCGCGGCCCCUGGACCGGGAGGCACAGGCGCUGCACGCGCUUGUGGUGCAGGCCACAGACGUGCCGGGCGGGCACUUCGCGCUGGUGCCCGUCGCCAUCGAGGUGAAGGAUGUCAAUGAUAACAAGCCGUACUUUCCAGUGGAGGUGCUGAGUGCCAGCAUGCGGGAGAACCUGCCUCCUGGCACGCUGGUCACCACGCUGCGUGCUGUCGAUGCGGACACCGGGGUCUUUGGGGAGCUGCGGUACGCGGUGCUGGAGCAGCCAGUCGGGGAGCCCAGCGUGGCAGAGGGUCGGGACGCCUUCACUGUCAACAGCAGCUCUGGGGAGCUGCGCUCCCGACUCACCUUCGACUACGAACGAGCCAAAGCCUUCCAGCUCUUAGUCAGGGCCACCGAUGCUGGCAAUGCCUCUGCCACAGUGACCGUGCGGGUGCUGGUGACAGGGGAGGACGAAUACGAUCCCAUCUUCCUGAGCCCCUCCUUCAACUUCGAGGUCCCUGAGGGCGCCCGCAGAGGGCAGAGCAUUGGGCGGGUGCUGGCAACAGAUGAGGACGAGGGGGCUGACGGCGUCGUACUGUACUCCCUGGCAAAGCCCUCACCAUACUUUGCCAUCAACCAAACCACCGGCACCAUCUACCUGCGUGUGGACAGCCAGCCCCAGGCGGGGGCCGGGCGCACCAAGAGGGAGCCGCGCGAGAUGAGCCUGGAGGUGCAGGCGCGCAGCCCCCUGCCCGCCUCCCGCUCGGCCUCGGCGCAGGUCACCAUCGACGUCACGCACACCUCCUUCGGCCUGGCCCCGGACCUCAACCUGCUGCUGGUGGCCGUGGCCGCCUCGCUGGGGGUUGUGGUGGUGCUGGCCGCCGUGGCCAUCGUGCUGGCGCUGGUCCGCUCUCGGCACCGCCGGGGCCACGAGAAGCCGGAGGGCGACGGGCCGCUGCGCCACGUGCAGAGCGGGUCGCUGCAGAAGCUGGGCCGCGAGGAGCCGGCCCUUCCCGGGGGAGAGCACAUCUACCACCAGGCCCUGCCGGGCUACGGGGGCGAGCCGGCGGGGCCCUACACGCGGGGCGGCUCGCUGGACCCCUCGCACUCCAGCGGCCGAGGCUCUGCCGAAGCCGCCGAGGACGAUGAGAUCCGGAUGAUCAACGAGUACCCACGCGUGGCCAGCAUCACGGCUUCCAUGCAGGAGCACAUCUCCGCCCGCGGCCCCGACUCGGGCAUCCAGCAAGACGCCGACCAGCUCUCCGACAUCUCCUGCGAGCCGACCGCCCUGGAGGGCGCCCAGUGGUUCAAGAGCAAGAAGGGCUCCGGGCUGCUGCUGCCAGGGCCGCCCCCGCAGCUGUACCGCGAGGACGGGGGAGGCAGCGCCUUCCUCGGCGUGCGCUGCGGCCUCAGCGUCUCCUCCCAGCCCCAGGACUACGCCUUCCCGGAGGACGGCAAGCCCUCUGUGGAGGGCUCGCUCACCGCCAUUGUGGCCAGCGAUGAGGAGCUCCGUGGCAGCUACAACUGGGAUUACCUGCUGAACUGGUGCCCCCAGUUCCAGCCGCUGGCCAGCGUCUUCACGGAGAUUGCCCGCCUCAAGGAUGAGAGCUCCCUGCGUAAGCCCUUCCCGACCAAGCCCAAGGCGGAACCCAAGCCCCGCAUCGACCCCCCGCCCCUCAUCACCUCGGUGGCCCACCCGGGUGCCAAGUCUGUGCCGCCCAAGCCGCCAGCGGGCAGGACCUUCCCGCACCCGUCCUCCCUGCGCCGCUCGCCCAUCAGCCACGAGGGCUCCAUCUCGUCCUCCGCCAUGUCGCCCAGCUUCUCCCCCUCGCUGUCCCCGCUGGCCGCCCGCUCCCCCGUGGUCUCGCCCUUUGGCAUCUCACAGGGGCCUUCUGCCUCCACCAUCAGUGCCGAGCACUCGCUGGAGCCCCCCGAGGAGGCCGAGCUCAGGAUUUAGACCUGGGCCCGUGGACUCCCCGCCCCAGCCCGCAGCCGUGGGGUCAGGAGCGGGGCCGAGCCCAGGGCUGCUCUGCGUAGGUGCUAAUCCUGCUCCCAGCACCUUGCCUGGCCCGUGGCCCCUUGGGCUGAGUUCUGUGUCCUCUGGGGCUGCUGCCUCCCGUCACUCUGCAGUCUGGCACAUUCAGUGCUGGGUUUGAUGCCCUGUGGUCCUUGUGCCAGCACCACGGGCCGUGGUCCUUGUACUGUUCGUGGUGUCUCAGAUCGGCACCUGGCAGGACAGUGCUCCAUGGUGCUCUCCACUCGGAGGGAGGCCGGGAGCCAGCGAGUGCUCCCUGCCCUGCUGGGCCGGGGCUCGGCAGCCGGCAGCCCCGUGCCCUGCCACCGCAGCCGGCAGCCCCGUGCCCUGCCGCGGCAUCCUGCAGAGCCAUGCCCUGCCGCGGCAUCCUGCAGAGCCAUGCCCUGCUGCUGCAUCCUGCAGAGCCAUGCCCUGCCGCGGCAUCCUGCAGAGCCAUGCCCUGCCACCGCAGCCGGCAGCCCCGUGCCCUGCUGCAGCAUCCUGCAGAGCCAUGCCCUGCUGCAGCAUCCUGCAGAGCCAUGCCCUGCUGCAGCAUCCUGCCGCCCCGUGCCCUGUCGCGGCGUCCUGCAGAGCCAUGCCCUGCCGCGGAAUCCUGCAGCCCCGUGCCCUGUCGCGGCGUCCUGCAGAGCCAUGCCCUGCUGCGGAAUCCUGCCGCCCCGUGCCCUGUCGCGGCGUCCUGCAGAGCCAUGCCCUGCCGCGGCAGCCUGCAGCCCCGUGCCGCAGCAGCCGGUGCAGCAGCACGCGGCGCCAUCCCCGCCGGCUCCGCAGGGACGUGGUGCUCCGCAGGCACAGCCCGGCAGCCUGGCGGGCGUCCCACGCUGCCCGCGGGGAUGGGGAUGGCUGAACCUGCUUCCUGCGGGCGAGGGGACGCCCGCCCCAGGCCAGGGUGAGUGGGAGGAGAAGGCAGCGCCCACUCUCUGCUUGACUAUCCAUGGCUGGUGGGGGAAGGGCAUCCUCUGGGGUCUCUCGAGCCCUUCCACCUGGCACCUCCGCACGGGACCCUUCGAAGGGAUCUCCCUCCCAGGGCUGCUGGGCCCCCGUUCCUCGGAGCCCGGGCUGGGGGGCGGGUGCCCCACGUAGCGCGGGAGCCGCACUCCUGCGGGAGCCGCUCCCAGGGUCAGGUGCGUGUGGGCUGGGGGCUGGGGGCUGGGGGCUGGGGGCCGCUGCCCGGCGCCCGGCUGUGCGGCGCGGCUGGCAGGAGCGGCAGCGGGAGCCGCAGCAGAGCUGACCCGACGCGGCCUGGCCCGGGAAAGGCGGCCACGUCGCCGCUCAGCAGCACGAGCCAGUGACCUCGUCCCGCUCCACCUGCCUGGCCGGGGUCCAGCCUGCAGCUGCAGGGGGCAGAUGGCGUGCUGCCCCAAAAAGGCACGUGCCCUAAAGCUGGCACGGUGGCAGUCAGCACAUUAUCUUACAGCCACAGGCUGAGGAACUGGGCGGCUGAUCUCCCAUAGGGCCCUGCAGUGUGACACGCUCACCAGGACAGCGGGGACCGCCAAGGACACUUCCAAAAUGAUGGGGGCAGGUGCCAGAACCCCCGGCCCCGGGCCCAGCCCUCUGUGCAGGGGCUGCUCUGCACCCCUCCUUCAUGCCGCCUUGUGAACAUGGGGUAGAGCCACGCUUCAAUGGGGCUGGUCCCCAUCACUCCCGCACCGCCGGUGUCGCGCUCCUGCUGGGGACAGCCGCACAGCCCGUGGCUGCUCCCGGUGGAGCCGGCGGGCGCCGUGUGGCCCUGGGCGCGCGGUCGCUGUGGCCCGUGCACAGCCGGGGCGCAGAGCCGGGGCUGGAGCGGGGCGCGUUGCACCACGGCGGCUGCACACACGCCGCCUGGGCGUGAGCGUCUGUGGCCUCAGGGAGGACACCCAGACGUCUGAGAGGGGUCCUGGGAGGGGAUUUCCUGCCUGUCACACUUUUCCUAUACCACUCUGCCCUCAGCCUGAAGCAUGUCAGCACCGCGGCUGCAACCCCAGCGCAAAUGUUUUAUCACAGCAGCCAGAACCCACCACUUUCGCCCACUCAGUCCCCGUGUCCCACUGAGAACCACCUGUGGCUGCAGCCCCACCUCUGUCACCGUCUCAGCCCUAAACCCGCAGCGGGUGCCGCGGGUCCCAGCCCGCCCGCACGGUGGGUGUCCCCGCGACGCGGCACAGGGCUGCGCCCCGGUCCCCACAAUGCACAGGCGAGUGGGUCCCCGGUGCCAGCAGCCCUGGGAGCUGUCCUGGGCACAGGGCAGUGACGCAGGACGGGGGUCUGCAGCAGCAGUGGUGGCACCGGGGCCAUGGGGGAUGGUUCUGCCCACUCGGCACAGGGCAGCCCGGGGAGGCUCUUGGGGCGGGCACCCCUCAUCCCUUCUCUCCCGGCCAGGCUGUCCUGCUCACGGGCACCGUGCGGAGCAGCCGAGGCGCCGCUGCCCCCUGAGCCCUGUGCGGGCGGGGGUGGCCAAGCAGCCCUGCUCCCCUGCAUGUCUGGGACGGGGACACAGACGGGUCACCCCACUGCACGCCACACAGAAGGGUCAGACACACAGCAGCCCCACUUUGGUCCGGGCGGCACAACCACAGGCUGCUAAGCCCAACCAGGAGCCGAGCCUCCAGUUAUUUAUUUUUACACAUUGUACUACGAUUCCUGUUUUCUACUUUGUUUGUACCUUUUGUAUCGUGUCUUGCUGAGCUGCAUGUAUUGGGCGCUGCUCAUCGGCCUGCACGCUGGGCCGUUCCAGCACAGCCUGGACCCAAGUGCCAACCUCUCAAAGAAAUGCCUUAAUAAACCACACUUGUUUGUACAGAGA